CCCCCCCCAGGACAUCAAACCCCCCCCCAUUACCCCCAAACCAUGGCGGCCCCCCCCUGCACGUCGUUUCUCCUGCUCCGACUGCGGCCGCCGUUACCGUCACCGCGGCAGCCUGGCCAACCACCGCCACACUCACCGCCCCGGCGUCUUCUCCUGCCCGUCCUGCCCCAAAUCCUUCCCCAACCUCAUGGCCCUCCGCAACCACGCCAGGCUUCACCGCCGCCGCCCACCCCCCCCGAAACCCCCCGUCCCCCCUCAAAGGCUCUUCGGCUGCGAGGUGUGCGGCAAAGCCUACCUGCACUCCGGGAGCCUCAUCAACCACCGCAGGACCCACCAGACGGGGGAUUUCGGCUGCCACCUCUGCCCCAAACGCUUCUCCAACGUGGCCGCCCUCAAAGGACACCUCCGGAGGCACAGCCGGCGCUGUCGGCGUCACCACCGGGCCAGGAUGGGAGCCGGCAACGCGUGUUUGGUGUGCCUGGAGGAGAGGGGGGCUGCGGAGGGGAGAGGGGGAAGAGAGGAGGACGAGGAGGAGGAGGAGGACGAGGAGGAAGAGGAGGAGGAGGAAGGACGGCCGGCAGCGCGGGACGGCGGAGCCCCCGGGAGCGCCGUGGGACCGGGAGGGUCUGCUGGGUGCUCGGAGGACCUCCCGUCGCCCCACAUCUGCGGGUCGUGCGGGCAGCCCUUCGACAACAUGGACGCCCUCCGGGAGCACUGCCGGCGUCACCGCGCCGAGCAACAGGCGGCCGUGGCGGCUGUGCCGGCGUCAGCGGAGCGCCGUCCGUACGCCUGCGGGGUGUGCGGGAAGACCUACAGGCACGGGGGGAGUCUGGUGAACCACCGUCAGACGCACCAGACGGGUGUUUUCCCCUGCAUGGUGUGCGCGCGGUGGUACCCCAACAUGGCCGCCUACCGCAACCACCUCCGCAACCACCCGCGGUGUAAAGCCGGGCUGCCGGCGGCGCCGUCGCCCAUUGGCUUCGUGGAGGAGGAGGAGGAGGAAGGGAGGAGGAGGCAGCAGUUGGCGACGAGGCAACAGUCGGCCGCGAGGCAACAGCUGGGGGUGAAGCAACCGCCGGGGAUGCAGCGGCAACAGACUGGGGUGAGGCAACAGCCGGUGAUGCAGCAGCAGCAGCAGCCUGGGAUGCAGCAACAACAGCCUGGGAUGCAACAACAACAGCCUGGGAUGCAACAACAACAGCCUGGGAUGCAACAACAACAGCCUGGGAUGCAACAACAACAGCCUGGGAUGCAGCAGCAACAGUCGGAGGUGCAACAGCAGCCAUCGACUCGGCCGUUCCGGUGCGAGGAGUGCGGCCGGAGCUACAAACACGCUGGGAGUUUGGUGAACCAUCGGCACAGCCACACCACCGGGCUGUUCCGCUGCUCCGCCUGUCACAAGGCCUUCUACAACCUGAUGGCGCUGAAGAACCACCGGAGGACUCACGCCGAGAGGCGGUGCGGGCUCUGCCCCAAAGACUUUCGGCUCCGGGAACAGCUGGCGGGGAGGCUGAACCAACAGGCGGAUGGGGCCGGCGGGGGACGGGCGGAGGAGGGGGUGUUGGAGCGGCGGGAGGUGGUGGGGGUGGUGUUGGAGGACCCUGCGGUGCCGGCAGCGGGGGUAACAGCGGGGGGAGAGCCUCAGCAACAGCAGCACGACGCGAUGGAGGACUCGCCGACGUCGUCAAUGCCUCUGCGAGCAGAAGGGAGGCUUCCAAAACACUUCGGCGUGAUGGAGGUGGUGUUGGAGGACUCAGCAGCAGCGGUAAAGGUGAAGGAGGAGGUUCCGGAACCGCUCGGUACGACGGGAACGGUGUUGGAGGACUCAGCAGUAGCAGUAGAGGUGAAGGAUGAGGCUCCAGAAUCCCUCGGUACGAUGGAAACGGUGUUGGAGGGCUCAUCUAUACCACUGAGGGUGAAGGAUGAGGUUCCAGAACGCCUCAGCGUGACAGAAACGGUGUUGGAGGACUCAUCAGUACCGUUAAAGGUGAAGGAUGAGGUUCCAGAACACCUCAGCGUGGCAGAAACGGUGUUGGAGGACUCAUCAGUACUGGUAAAGGUGAAGGAUGAGGUUCCAGAACACCUCAGCGUGAUGGAGGUGGUGUUGGAGGACUCAUCAGUACCGUUAAAGGUGAAGGGUGAGGCUCCGGAGUACCUCAACGUGGUGGGAACAGUGUUGGAGGACUCUUCAGUACCACCAACGGCGUUAAAGGUGGAAGGGGAACCUCUGCAACACCUCAGCACAGCGGGAAUGGUGUUGGAGGACUCAUCAACACCAUUUAAAGUGAAGAAUGAGGUUCCAGAACGCUUCAACAUGACGGAAACGGUAUUGGAGGACUCAUCGACAGCGUUAAGGGUGAAAGAGGAGCCUUUACAACACCUGGAAGUGAUGGAAACGGUGUUGGAGGACUCAGCAGCGUUAAGGGUGAAAGAGGAGCCUUCCAAGGCAACGGGAAUGGUGUUGGAGGACUCACCGACAGCACUGAGGGUGAAAGAGGAGCCUUCACAACACCCCAACUCAACGGGAAUGGUGUUGGAGGACUCAUCAGCAGCGUUAAGGGUGAAAGAGGAGCCUUCACAACACCCCAACUCAACGGGAAUGGUGUUGGAGGACUCAUCGACAGCAUUAAGGGUGAAAGAAGAGCCUUUACAACACCCCAACUCAACGGGAAUGGUGUUGGAGGACUCAUCGACAGCAUUAAGGGUGAAAGAAGAGCCUUUACAACACCUGGAAGUGAUGGAUAUGGUGUUGGAGGACUCACCAACAGCACUGAGGGUGAAAGAGGAGCCUUUGCAACACCCCAACUCAACAGGAAUGGUGUUGCAGGACUCACCAACAGCUCUGAGGGUGAAAGAGGAGCCUUCACAACACCCCAACUCAACGGGAAUGGUGUUGGAGGACUCAUCAUCAGCAUUAAGGGUGAAAGAAGAGCCUUUACAACACCUGGAAGCGAUGGAAACGGUGUUGGAGGACUCAGCAGCGUUAAGGGUGAAAGAGGAGCCUUUACAACACCCCAACUCAACGGGAAUGGUGUUGGAGGACUCAUCAUCAGCAUUAAGGGUGAAAGAGGAGCCUUUACAACACCCCGACUCAACGGGAAUGGUGUUGGAGGACUCAUCAGCAGCAUUAAGGGUGAAAGAAGAGCCUUUACAACACCUGGAAGUGAUGGAAAUGGUGUUGGAGGACUCACCAACAGCACUGAGGGUGAAAGAGGAGCCUUUGCAACACCCCAACUCAACGGGAAUGGUGUUGCAGGACUCACCAACAGCUCUGAGGGUGAAAGAGGAGCCUUUACAACACCCCAACUCAACGGGAAUGGUGUUGGAGGACUCAUCAGCAGCAUUAAGGGUGAAAGAAGAGCCUUUACAACACCUGGAAGAGAUGGAAACGGUGUUGGAGGACUCAGCAGCGUUAAGGGUGAAAGAGGAGCCUUUACAACACCCCAACUCAACGGGAAUGGUGUUGGAGGACUCACUGACACCACCAACACUGCUACAGUCCCCAGAGAUGCCUACGGGACGCCUCAGCGCUGUGGUGACGGUGUUGCAGUCCUCCAGAGCCCCCGUAACCCCCUCCCCCGUGGUCGCCUGUAGGGCAGCCACCCUCCCCGCUGCGCCCCACAGCGCUGUCACCCCACAUAUGGGGUGUCACGGGGUACAGUCAGCCGUGGGGCAGCGCCGGGGGUCCAUCCGUCACCGUUACUGUGAGGGUGAUGGGUGAUGGGGUUGGAGUCCCUUUUCACCCCCUCCCCCCUCCCCCCGUCGCGAUUAAAUUUGGGGUAUUUUGGA